AUGCCUUCCGCAGAUGUUGCGCGACGAAGCCGGUCUGCUGGAUCCAAUGCCGAGGAUGCUAUAUUUGUGAAAGACGGAGACCCUGUAGCCUUCUUUUUCCAUCUAAGUGUCAGGGAAGGACGCGAUGUACUCGAACAGGAGAUCACGAGAUAUGGAGGUGAUGUAUGCGAGGAUGAGCAGCAAGCCAACGUGAUUUUGGUCGAUGAAGAAGCCGACAUCGAACAUAUCCGCCGGCGCUACUACCGCUCACAUGUCCUCUGGCAGCAGCGCGUCUAUAUUGAGUGUAGGGAUUUUGUCCGUCGAUGCAUUGGAGCUAGAAAAUAUGAACAUCGUCGGCCAGCAAGGAAGGGUAUGCCCGGUGCUCCAGUUGGGCGUGUACGCGUACCCUUUACCGCAGAAGAUGAUGAAAGACUCGCGUUUUACAUUGCGACUGUAUGGCCUAAAGCGUCCGAUGGGGGACGCACUGGGAAUUUAUUGUACCAGGUGUUGACAGAGGAGCUGCCGGAAUAUAGAGAGUGGGCGAAAAGACACCCGUGGCAAUCCUGGCGCCAGCGCUACAGGAUGAAUCGCGUGCGUUUUGAUCCUAUGAUU